AUGCCUGCGUCUACGUGGCUCCAAAUCCCGAAAGAGGUCUCCAUCUUAACCGACUCGUUCCAUAACGAUAGACUCUACCGUGUCUGCCGUUUCUGUGCUCACCGAGUGACCCUACGCAACGGCCAAUCAAAAGCGCCUCCACCAAGCGAAGCCAUGUGUGCCCUGGCUACCCGGUUCUACAAGAUCGACUUCAAAGAUGAACUCACCAAUACCCGUCUACCCAAGGUUUUAUGUGACGGUUGCAAGAGGCGACUGUGCCGUUUACGCGAUAACGAGGUUGAGCAGACGGAGUGGGAGGAGCACAAAAGGUUUUAUGUGAGCGGAGCCUUUUGGCACUACGAGCCCGUUAAGACGAGGGGCACGGUUAUAUGUUCGGCCGAGAAUCGUUGCAAGGUGUGUUGUAUUUACGCAGAGAAGAAGUCCAACACUCUACAGAAAAAGCAUUCUGCUGCACCACAGAAAGGACGGCCACUACAACAGUCACCUCCUAGGCCCAUGUGCUCAAAAUGCGGCCAGUAUAUGGAUAGCGAGCACGAUCUCG